CCCUGCUGGCGGGAAGAUGGCGGCGGCGUGUGUCGGUCUCCGAAUGAUGGAGGCGGCCGUUAGCGGCCUCUUGGAGCGGGAUUUGAGCGAGGGGGAGCUGGGGGAAGCCAUCCGGGGUCUGCGGGAGCACGGAGCCCUGCGAGUGGAGGGCUCCACGGCCGCUCUUUCCGCCCUCCUUAGCAGCUGCAACUCCCGCCUGAUGUCAGCCAGCACUCGGGUCGAGGGACUCUCUCUUCUCUCUUUGGUGGUGGAAGAGUCUCCGACAGAUGUUUUUCAGGCGCAUUGUGUGUCGUGGAUCCGCGGUGUCCUGCAAGUCAUUCAGUCCCAGGACCCCCCUCGAGUGGUCAGCUUCGCUGUCUUUGUGCUGCGGUCGCUGCUGGCUCAUUCGUCUGCCCUUCCUGAAUUAUCUCGGGAAAUUUCCAUCAACCAGAUUCCGGGGCUGCUGACGUCCCUGCUGGGGCUGAGACGCCAGUGCCUGGUCCCAGCUCUAGAAGGAAUCCGGUCGUGCUUGAUCUCCUAUCCACGAGCCUGCGGCUCUCUAAGGGGAAAGCUCACCACGUUCCUCCUGAGUCUCCUGGAUGUGGAAAACGUGCAGAUUCAAGAGCUCGCGUGUCACUGCUUCUCUCUCCUGCCGUCCCUGGGCUCCGGGUUCUCGCAAGGAGUCAAACACACCGAGAACUGGGAGAGACAGAUCCAAGGCGUCCUCUGCUCCCUGCACAGCGUCUUCCAGCAGCUCUAUCAGUCUGCGGAGACAGAGUCCUCCCGGUACCAAGGGCCCGGGACCGAGCUGGAGCUGCCAAGCUUAGAGGACGAUGGAACACACAACGUCCUGCAGCUGGUGAGGAGGUUCUCGGCUCUGGGACAGUGUGUGAGCCUUCUACUCAGGGAGCAGUUCCCGGCUCCUGUGCGGGUUCCGGUGUCCGACCUUCUGAGCUUCGUCUGUCGGGUAAUUAACGUGAGCCCCAAGAACCUGAGCUGGCAGGGAGAGGAAUCCUUGAAGCUGCUGCUGCUUCCGCGGGUCCACAGGAACGCUCUGGAUAUUUUGGAGGCUACUAUCAUAGCGUGUGGCUCCCGUCUUCUUCCGUACUCUGCCGUCAUCUGCCGGCUGUUUCCUCAGCUUCUCAGCUCCUGGGGAGCCGUGCGAGGGGUGACGGGGAUGCCCUUAGGGCAAGAGCGCCCGUACAGCUCCCUCCGUGGAUCCGUCUACCGCGUGCUGGAUAAAUGGGUGACCGUGUGUGGCGUUUCCUCUGGCGUCCUGCAAGGGCCGGCUCAUCAUUCCGACAUUCUAAUAACUCAUCUGCUGAGCGACAUCACUCCUCCGGCAGACACUGUGAAGAUUUCCGGGUUCGUGCAGCUCGGUGCCAAGAAACAGAAGGUGUCCGAGGUAACGGACGGUGAUUUUCAGGGACAUCGGAAGGGGGAAGUCAGUGCCAAUAUUGAACUGUGUGCAUCUGCGCUGAAAGUUUUAUGCAGCGUUUUCCUCCAUUGCGGCUCCAUAAUCAAAGAAGAGACCCAUCGGAAGCUCCAAGAGCUGUCCAUCCCGCUGCUCAUCCGUCUUCAGCAAGGACCCGAGAACUGGCUCGGCCCGUACAUCAGUAGCGAGUGUCGGAAGGAAUUAUACAGACUCCUGCUCUGUCUUACUCUAACGCCCAGCCCUCGCCUGCCUGCCCCCUUGCACUGCGCCAUCAAGAUCUUCAGGGGUGGAAUGAUCGAGGAGAGCGUGCAGGUCUCCGUGUUCUGCACAGAGGCUCUCGCCAUUUGUCGCGUUCUCAUUCACCCGCGCGCCCCGUCGCUGCAGCAUCCUCUGCCGGCCCAGGGUCCCCGUCCCCCUGCGCAGUCCGGAGACCAGCUCAAUCAGAGACCUCUGGCCCCGCCGCCCCCUUCGUUCCCGGCCCCGGCUCCUGUAAAUCACCUACCUCUCAGGCCUUUGGCCGCUCCUCAGCCGAGCGAGCCUGCUGUUCCGCCGACUGAACCGUCCCCACCUUCAGAGGAGACUUUUGGCGGGAAGUCUAAACGCGCCGUCUUCAUCCACUUUGACAAAGAGGAGCCGUCGGACGUAGAGAUUUCCUUGGAGAGCGAUUCGGAUGACAGCGUGGUCAUCGUCCCAGAAGGGCUUCUGACAAAACCUGUGCCGCAACCCGAGGUCUCACCGCCUUCUGUUAAACCUCCCUCAGAAGAACCAACAGAGCCGCCUGUUCAGCCCGUAGUCCCCUCUGCAAGCUCUGUACCUCCACCUCCUGUGUGCCAUGGACCUUCUCCCGCUGCCCUGCCGCCUCCAGAGGUUCAUCCGCAGCCCGUGGCAGAAGGUAAUAUGACUGUGAUCAACAUCAACAGCAGCGAUGAUGAGGAAGGGGAGGACGAGGAGGAGGAGGAUGAAGAGGAAGAAGUUAUGUACGAAGACGAGGAAGAAGAGUUCUAUGACGAUGAAGAGGAAGAAGAUCUUGAAGGGUUGGAUGAAGAGGAUUAUGAAGAGGAUGAUGAAGGGCUAACUGAGGAGGAGGAGGAAGAGGAAGAAGAUGACAUUGAAGAGGAGGGCGACGAGGAUGAAGAGGGUGAAGAAGAUGAGGAAGGUCUGAUGACGGAUGAGAUGCAGCUUGCCUCCGCGAUACAGAACUUACCUCAGGAAGUUGAGCCGGUGAUGCAGGAGGCAGAGCCUGAGGAAGGUCCUCCCCGUCUAUCGCCCGUGCAGGAAGAUGACGGUGGGGACACAGGGCUGCUGAUGCUGGUAGAGACUGAGGAAAGGGAGAUGCAGGGGCAAGAAGCAGAAGACGGGGUUGCGGAUCCAGAGGUCAUGGACAGUCCCCCUCCGCCACCUGUUCUGACGCCGCCACCUCCUCCAGUCCUGCCGCCUGAGAUGGAGGAGAGCGUGGUGUCUCAGCCAGAACCCAUGGGUGAGCUGGAAGCCAUCCCGACCACGGGGGAAUCUGUGAAAGAGAAGCUGCUAGAAGAGGAGAGAAGACCAGAAGAGGAGCAGGCUGAAGAGACCGAGGAUAAAGUCGCGGAUGCGGAUUCCAUGUUGGCAGAUUUUAUUGACUGUCCUCCGGACGACGAGAAGCUCGCAGAAGCGAUGACAUGAUGUCCUGCAUCGGUGCCAUAAUACCAGACGUGCGAACCCACCCUGUUUUCUAAAGAGGUCUAAUAAACAUAUGAUGCCUUCACGCACA